UCGAGUGUUUUGACAUUACAGCUUUCUAAGUGGGAUAGGGCGGCGUCCAGUUCAGAACACCAUGUUCAGAACACAGCUCCGACGACGACAUGUGGGGGUCUACCAAAUUAAAGAGUUAUUUCGGCGUUUCUUACGCUCCACGGUUCCUGGUGGCCGCUUGUUUCCAAAUAAGGACAACGUGAUACUGAUGGGCAGUCCCGGCAGCGGCAAGACAACUACGAGUAAGAUCUUGGGGAAACUUCUCAGCAAACCCGUCAUCGACAUCGAUGAUGACCACCUGGAACCGUUGUGGGGGAUGUCCGUCGCAGAGAAGCGUCAACAAGUGGGAGAUGCCGAGUUCGUGGAGGAGGAAGGCCAGGCCCUGCUUCAGUUCAGUAGACAAGGAUGCGUCGUAGCGCUGACAGGAUCCAACCCGCUGCACCGACAAGCAAUGGAACACAUCGCUAGUACGGGAACAGUCGUCUUUUUGGACGUCCCGUUCUCAGACAUCACAGAGCGCCAGAAGGGCAUGAAGGUGGAGAGAAUGGUCGGGUACAGUGAUGGACGGAAUGUGGAAGACAUUUUGAAAUACAGACAACAGUUUUACGAACCUAGCUACGACGUCAGAAUCAUAUGCGAGGAACACGCAACGCCAACAGCUGUAGCUCAACAAAUCCAGUCUGCCCUCGAUAAUCUAACAACGGACAAAGGUUAUGUGUCCACCAGAUCUGCCGCCCACCCCAAACAGAGAAUAUCCUUUCUAGACACCGUGUUAACCGGAGUAGCAGACGAUGGUGGUCUGUAUGUCCCAGCAGCCGAUACACCGACAUUUACAACUGGGGAACUUAAACGCCUUUUGAAGUGCAGUUAUGCAGAAAGGGCGUUAAGAAUUCUAGAAAAAUGGAUUGCACCUUAUGAUCUAAAACCACAACGUCUGUGGGAGUUUUGCCAGAAAGCUUAUACUAAUAAAGUCUUCGACCAUCCAGACAUCAUUUCCGUGCAUCACCUGGAGAAAAACCAGUACAUAAUGGAACUCUUUCACGGACCCACGGCAUCGUUCAAGGACCUGGCUCUCCAGCUGACGGCUCAGUUCUUUCCCUUGGCUAUACAACAGGCUGCAGCACAUGGAUCACAACAGAAGUACUUGGUACUAGUGGCGACGUCUGGUGAUACUGGAGGAGCGGUGCUGGACGCGUUCAGCAGACAUGAUGGGGUUGGUGAGGUUGGAGUCGUGGUGUUCUACCCAGUGCACGGGGUCAGCGAGCUGCAACAACAUCAAAUGACGACGAUGACAGGAACAAACGUACACGUUGUUGGAGUGGAUGGCGACUUCGACUUUUGUCAGUCAACAGUAAAACGGUUAUUCAACGACAAAACCUUUACACAGACCCUGCUUUCCCAGUAUAACUGCAAACUUAGUGCUGCUAACUCUUUGAACUGGAGUCGACUUCUUCCACAGGUGGUGUAUCACGUCAGCGGUUACCUGGACCUCGUCAAACAAGGAGUUCUCGCACUUGGUGACACCAUUGACAUCUGUGUCCCAACUGGGAACUUUGGAAAUAUCCUUGCAGCUUACUAUGCCAAGAGAAUGGGACUUCCUGUCCGGUACCUCGUCUGCGCAUCCAACAUCAACAACGUGGUGACCGACUUCCUGCAGUCGGGGAUGUACGACCUCCGCGGUCGCAAGCUGCACCGCACGACGUCACCCGCCGUCGACAUCCUCAAGUCGUCCAACCUGGAACGACUGCUGUACCACCUGCACGACAACGACGGCGACCACGUGAGGACGCUGUACGAGUCGCUGGAGACCAAGCAGUACUUCCAGAUCCUAGAAACGAUGAUAGACGAGUUGUGUGUUGUGUUCCAAGCGGGUUCGUGCACCGAACGCGAAUGCCGACAAACAGUCGUGAACACCUUCAAGAAAACAGGUUAUAUCCUGGAUCCACAUACGGCGGUUGCUAAAUCGGUGGCCGAUCAACAAACUGAUGAUUCUGUUCCUAUGCUCAUCUCUGGAACCGCCCAUUUUGCGAAAUUUGCAGACGGGGUACUCCCAUUACUGAACCAAGACUUGAAAACCAACCUGCCAGUCCCUGAGCUCAUCCAGCGAGCCAGUAUCCUGCACGCGCGGCCCGCAAUGCAUGCCGGUCUGACGGCCAUGGCGCACAAGCACGUGCCGCACACAUCUGUGUGUGACGCUAAACGCGAGGACAUUAUGAAACAUAUCAGUAUCCUAGCAGGCAGACUCGUCUAAAUGUUUUCUACGAAAUCAGUCUACAUCACGUGGCUGAGUGUAAAUAUGAAUGUAUUCAUAAGGUUUAUGAUAAGCGUACCAGACGUGAGGAAGAGAAUAAAUCUUCAAAUUCGAGCAAAAACGAUACAGAUAGCCGGGCACAGUGUGCUAACCUGAAGUCUUUUUACCAUGUAUUUCCAUGAUCAUUCUACCCGCAAAAUUAUUUUUAUUCCAUGAAAAAAUGCGUAAUGAUUCGACUGCAACCCUAUAUAAUUAUGUAUGUAUUGAUGUAUGAAUAUCUAUAUAUUGUAUUAAAUAUUAACGCACCGGUGCAAGGGAUAUAUGAAUAUCUAUAUAUUGUAUUAAAUAUUAACGCACUGGUGCAAGGGAUAUUAAAUCUGUUUGGCCUCACAAAUCUGUUUGGCCUCUGGUGUGUGUGUGUGUGUUUGUGUUAAUAUAAUUAUGCUAAUUUGAACGACGUUCUGCAGUUUAAACAUCUUACAUGGCCACAUCGUAUUCUGCUACUCCGCGGCACUAACGAUCAGGGAAAGAUGUAUCUCUACAGUACCACAAGUGGUAACCAAAUACUGGUAUUAUUUUUGUACUAAACAAAUGUUUGUGUAAAAUAAACUCAUGUUCACAAGUGAAUGUAGUGCUGUGGUUAAUAUAGUCACUCUGACUAAUGCGAGCAAGAUAUUAAUGCGAAAAAUGCGAGAGAUAUAUUGUCGCAUUAUAUUUUCACCCACAUCAUACUAUAUAUAUAUAUAUAUAUAUAUAUAUAUAUAUAUAUAUAUAUAUAUAUAUAUAUAUAUAUAUAUCAAGACUUAAAAUGCAAAACUAAAAGAUAAAGAUAAACAACAAUGAAAAAAAUAACAGGUGGUGUGCAUCUGCUGUUUUAUGUCAACAGAAAGUAAUUAUGUAACAAGAAUAUUUUUUAUUUCAACUUAUUUUCAUGCUAAUAUCCACACACCUCAGCUAUCUGGGUUGGCUGCCCAGGAUAGUGGGUUAGUUGUUAGUGGUUAGUGAGCGAAAAGAGGGUGUCUUACACCAACCCACUGAGUCGUUAAAACUCGCUCUGGCCUAACCACGACACCACCGAGGCCGGAUAAGAAGAACAAACAAACUUGUAAGAAGUUCAUUCUAGGCAAGGAAACGAAGUUCAUUCUAGCCAAGGAAACGAAGUCCACGGGUCCAUUAAGCAGAUUUACUAUGUUUGAUAUUUUAGUGGUGUUCUGUACUAGAAAUAGAUGAUUAUUUCGUUUAAUUGAUGUAACAUAAAAGCAAAUUAAAUGUAUUAAAAACAACUCAACAUU